UGGCCUCGCAGUCUCGAAAGACUUUCUCGCGCUUAGAGUCGCCAUUUUGCUGUAAGACGCGGUGCGGAGCUCUGUGCUCUCUUCCUUCGGCAGCCGAGGCUGCGGCGGGCCGGGCUGGGGUCGGGACCAGGAGGAAUUUUGUUGUCAGAGAAUAACAGGAGGUUGUCCAUAAUUGACUUUAAGCAGCAAACAGUAAAACACUGAGCUCUUCAGCUCCGCCUUUCUUGCUCUGAGAAUUGGAAAGCCAAGAAGGUUUUGAUGUUUUGUGUGGCGCCUCCUGAAUUAGAAACCAAGAUGAACAUAACCAAAGGAGGCCUCGUGUUGUUUUCAGCAAAUUCCAAUUCAUCAUGUAUGGAGCUUUCAAAGAAAAUUGCUGAGCGGCUGGGGGUGGAGAUGGGCAAAGUGCAGGUUUACCAGGAACCUAACAGAGAAACAAGAGUUCAAAUCCAGGAGUCUGUGAGAGGAAAAGAUGUAUUUAUCAUCCAAACCAUCUCAAAGGACGUGAACACCACCAUCAUGGAGCUCCUGAUCAUGGUAUAUGCAUGUAAGACCUCAUGUGCCAAGAGCAUCAUCGGAGUGAUCCCCUACUUUCCUUAUAGCAAGCAAUGCAAAAUGAGAAAAAGGGGCUCCAUUGUCUCAAAAUUGCUGGCUUCUAUGAUGUGCAAAGCUGGUCUGACUCAUCUCAUCACUAUGGAUUUACACCAGAAGGAAAUCCAGGGCUUCUUCAAUAUUCCAGUGGAUAAUUUAAGAGCCUCCCCAUUCCUGUUACAAUAUAUUCAAGAAGAGAUCCCAGAUUAUAGGAAUGCAGUCAUCGUGGCCAAGUCUCCAGCCUCAGCCAAGAGGGCACAAUCUUUUGCAGAGCGUCUACGUCUGGGAAUCGCAGUGAUCCAUGGAGAAGCACAGGAUGCUGAGUCUGACUUGGUGGAUGGCCGGCAUUCCCCACCAAUGGUCAGGAGUGUAGCUGCCAUCCACCCCAGCCUGGAGAUCCCUAUGCUGAUCCCUAAAGAGAAGCCCCCAAUCACAGUUGUUGGUGAUGUCGGAGGAAGAAUCGCCAUCAUCGUGGAUGACAUUAUUGAUGAUGUGGAUAGCUUUCUUGCUGCAGCAGAGACCCUGAAGGAAAGAGGUGCAUACAAGAUCUUUGUGAUGGCCACUCACGGCUUGUUAUCUUCUGAUGCUCCCCGGCUGAUUGAAGAGUCUGCCAUUGAUGAGGUGGUGGUCACUAACACGAUCCCACACGAGAUCCAGAAGCUGCAGUGCCCCAAGAUCAAGACUGUGGACAUCAGCAUGAUCCUCUCAGAAGCCAUCCGCCGAAUUCACAACGGGGAGUCCAUGUCCUACCUUUUCAGAAACAUAGGCUUAGAUGACUGAACAGUUCUCCUAUGGUAGAACUCCCACAGGUCAAGUGGGAGCCUAGCGUGUACGCUGGGAGGGCCCAUGCCCAGCCAGACACACGUGACCCUCCCUUUCCCACAUCUUCCUCAUUGAUUCCUGUGAAGGUACAAGGACCAGCUUUUUAUUAGUUGGUUUAGGUUUUUGUGAGUUUUAGGGGUAAUUUUUAUAACAGAAAGACCUCCUCUGAAAUGAAAGAAGUUAAAACCUGAUCGUUUUUAGUGUAACCAUUUUAAAUAAUACACUUGUGAGAUUUUUAAGCUCAGCCUUUUUUUAAAGUUGCUUGAUCCAACUGUUCAAAUGAGUUAAAUAAAAUGAUCUGCUGUCUACUACCUAGAAUCAAAAAGCUACUGUUGGUUCCAAUACGUGACCUUUUUAGGAACGCUUUUAUAAAUGGGCAUAUAGAGUGUGUGGCUGUAUUUAUUUUCUGCAACUAAAAAAGAAUAAAACCUUGUGUUUGUUUUUUAAA